GAGGUGUAGAGAAACCGAGGGGGAGAGAACCCGAGUGUGUGUAUGCGUGUGCGUGUGUGAGCGCGAGCGAGCGAGGGAGAGGAGCGAGAGAGUGUGAGCGAGAAAGAAUAAAAGGAAAGAAGAUUUUUCUCUAUGUAUAUAAAGAUGGCCACGUUAGCAAACGGACAGGCUGACAACGCGAGCCUCAGUACCAACGGGCUCGGCAGCAGCCCGGGCAGCGCCGGGCACAUGAACGGAUUAAGCCACAGCCCGGGGAACCCGUCGACCAUUCCCAUGAAGGACCACGAUGCCAUCAAGCUGUUCAUUGGGCAGAUCCCCCGCAACCUGGAUGAGAAGGACCUCAAGCCCCUCUUUGAGGAGUUCGGCAAAAUCUACGAGCUUACGGUUCUGAAGGACAGGUUCACAGGCAUGCACAAAGGCUGCGCUUUCCUCACCUACUGCGAGCGUGAGUCAGCGCUGAAGGCCCAGAGUGCGCUGCACGAGCAGAAGACUCUGCCCGGGAUGAACCGGCCCAUCCAGGUGAAGCCUGCGGACAGCGAGAGCCGAGGAGAAGAUAGAAAACUCUUCGUGGGUAUGCUCAACAAGCAACAGUCCGAGGACGAUGUGCGCCGCCUCUUCGAGGCCUUCGGGAACAUCGAAGAGUGCACCAUCCUGCGCGGGCCCGACGGCAACAGCAAGGGGUGCGCCUUUGUGAAGUACUCCUCCCAUGCGGAGGCGCAAGCCGCCAUCAACGCUCUCCACGGCAGCCAGACGAUGCCGGGAGCCUCAUCCAGUCUGGUGGUCAAGUUUGCGGACACUGACAAGGAGCGCACCAUGCGACGAAUGCAGCAGAUGGCUGGCCAGAUGGGCAUGUUCAACCCCAUGGCCAUCCCAUUCGGAGCCUACGGCGCCUACGCUCAGGCACUGAUGCAGCAGCAAGCAGCCCUCAUGGCGUCAGUCGCCCAGGGCGGUUACCUGAAUCCCAUGGCUGCCUUCGCUGCCGCCCAGAUGCAGCAGAUGGCAGCCCUCAACAUGAAUGGCCUGGCGGCCGCACCUAUGACCCCAACCUCAGGUGGCAGCACCCCUCCAGGCAUCCCUGCACCAGCCGUGCCUAGCAUCCCGUCCCCCAUUGGGGUGAAUGGCUUCACCGGCCUCCCCCCACAGGCCAAUGGGCAACCUGCUGCGGAAGCUGUGUUCACCAAUGGCAUCCACCCCUACCCAGCACAGAGCCCCACCGCCGCGGACCCCCUGCAGCAGGCCUACGCUGGAGUGCAGCAGUAUGCAGGUCCAGCUGCCUACCCUGCUGCCUACGGUCAGAUAAGCCAAGCCUUCCCUCAGCCACCUCCGAUGAUCCCACAGCAACAGAGAGAAGGGCCUGAGGGCUGUAACCUGUUCAUCUACCAUCUGCCCCAGGAGUUUGGGGACGCUGAGCUGAUGCAGAUGUUCCUCCCUUUCGGCCGGCACCCCGUGCCCUCCCGCUGCCAGGCCCCCUCCUGUCAGGGAGGACAGUGUCCAAUAAACUCCUCCACCCGCAGGCUUCGUGAGCUUCGACAACCCGGCCAGCGCGCAGACCGCCAUCCAGGCCAUGAACGGCUUCCAGAUCGGCAUGAAGAGGCUCAAGGUGCAGCUGAAGCGGCCCAAAGACGCCAAUCGCCCUUACUGAGCGCCGGCGGGAGCGUCCCCCGGGGGAGACCAGGACUCGCACAGGGCAGGAUGCUGAACGGGCUACAUUAAAAAACAAACCUCUCUCUCUAUAUAUUUAUAAAUGAGAACUGUUGGAUGACACCUUUGACAUAUCAGCCAAUAUCAAUCAAGCUGAAGACUCCAGACACUGUCUGUGUGACUGUAACAUUUCUUCAAGGAAAGUAUAGCGUCUGUGGAGUUCGGAGGGCACGUGUUUGGGGGAAAAAUAUAUAUGACAUAAAGAAGAAGAUGAUGAAGAAAAAUGAGGAAAAAAAACACACAAAAGGCAACUUUAAAACAAAAUAACAUGAGACCAGACGGGGAGGCUGCAGGGCUGGGAACUGGGAGGAGACGCUGCUUACCGAUCCCGGGGCUUUUGCAGCCCACGGACGCCUGAGGCAGGCUGGGGCAAGCGGUGCGACGGGGCCUGGUCCCCAGGGGGCGGCUGGGAGGCUGCCACUGAGCAUCUCUGUCAUUCCUUUAGCUAUUUAGGGACCAAAGGACCAAACUUUUUAUUGCAGAUGUGUAGCUCUUUGUCAAAUAGAGGGGGAAUGGAGGACAGCCUCCUUCCUGCCUCAUGGCUGUUCUUGAAACAGCUUAGAGCGAUUCUAUGAAAAAUGUAAUAAAAAAUUAAAAAAAAAACAAAAAAAACAAAAAAAAAAGGAAAAAUAAUGCUUCAAUGCUUUUAAAACAGCAAGAUAAUAGUUCUUUGAUACUUUGAGAGGCGCUUUGAUUACCCUCAUUCAAGUCUAUGACACUUUCCUAUGGUUUUCUGUAUUAUAUGUCUGGAUGGAGCUGUUAAGACGAACAAAUUGGUGGAUAUUUGGGGAAAGCAACAAAAGUAUUCAAAUUCAUCAACCGUGAAGUGUGAGAAUACAAGGAGGGGAAACAAGGGACUGACAAGGCAAGGUCAUUGUUGUGAAAGUCUGUAAAUGCUUCUAACUCUUUACCCCCCUCUUAAAAAUCAUAAUAGUUGUACAGAAUUUUAAAAAAGGAAAAGUUUAAAAUACCUAUAUAAUAGAAGAAAAAUUAGAGGAA